AUGGGUGACAGUGAUAGACUUGUUAAAAUGGAAAUCGAUUAUUCAUCUGUUGUUGAUCAAAAACUUAAAGAAUGUGAUGAAAUAAUGAAAGAUGAAACAAAAUUAAACGAAGUACUCGAUCGUCUAUUACCACUUGAAAAGCAAACUCGAACUGCUGCUGAUGCUAUUUCCACUGGUCGUGUUCUUGUAGCUAUUAUUAAAUAUUGUUAUGCAGCAAGACAAUGGGAACAAAUGAAUGAACAUAUUACAACAUUAUCAAAACGUCGAAGUCAAUUAAAACAAGCCAUUACAAAAAUGGUUCAAGAAGCAUAUGAACUAGUGGAAAAAACACCAGAUUUAGAUACAAAACUUAAAUUAAUUGAAACACUUCGAAAUGUUACUACGGGCAAAAUCUUUGUUGAAAAUGAACGUGCACGUUUAACAAAAAAAUUGGCUGAUAUUUAUGAAGGACAAGGUAAUACAAAGGAAGCAGCAGAAAUUUUACAAGAACUUCAAGUUGAAACUUAUGGAACUAUGGAUCGUCGUGAAAAACUUGAAUUUUUACUUGAACAAAUGCGUCUUUGUUUAGCUAAAAAUGAUUACAUUCGAACACAAAUUAUAUCGAAAAAAAUUAAUAUUAAAGCAUUCGAAGACGAAAGUUCACAUGAUUUAAAAUUAAAAUAUUAUGAAUUAAUGAUUCAAAUGGAUUUACAUGAUAAAAAUUAUUUUGAUGUUUGUCAACAUUAUAAACAUUAUUAUGAAACACCACGUAUAAAACAAGAUCCAGAAAAAAUGAAACAAGCAUUAAAACAUGUUGUACUCUAUUUAACUUUAUCACCAUAUAACAAUGAACAAUCAGAUUUUUUACAUCGUUUAUUUCUUGAUAAAAAUCUUGAAGAAAUUCCUAAAUACAAAGAUUUAUUACAACGUUUUAAAACUCAAGAACUUAUUCAUUGGAAAGAUGUAUUAAAAAAUUUUGAAAAUGACCUUAAAAAUGGUACAAAAGAUGAUUUAGCAACAAAUGUUUUUGCUAAAAAUGAUGAUGGAAAUAAACGUUGGGAAGAUUUUAAAAUUCGUGUUGUUGAACAUAAUAUGCGCAUUAUGGCUAAAUAUUAUACACGUGUUCAUACACAAAAAAUGGCUGAAUUACUUGAUUUAACUAAAGAUGAAGCCGAACAAUUCUUAUCAAAUCUUGUUUCAAAUAAAACUAUUAAUGCUAAGAUUGAUCGUCUUCAAGAUAUUGUUACAUUUCAACAAAAGAAAUCUCCACAAGAAAUUCUUAAUGAAUGCAAAACUAUUCGAUGGUCGAAACCUGCAGUUUCUUCAACUACAACAAAAGCAAUCACAGAUUUGAUCUCUCGUGUACUUGAUGAUGCUCCAGUUGCUCAAUUGUUUCAAGUUUUGAUCAGUGCUAACUUAACAGUUAAUGACAAAGAUGUUUUUCAACUUUCCAAUGGUUUUACACCUGGAUCAAUACUGAUAUCAGCAUCAUCAGGUGUAGCUGCUGCAAUGGGAUUCAAUUACUAUCUCAAAUAUGUUGCACAGAAUUCAUUUUAUUGGUCAGGCAAAAAUAUCCAACUACCUCAAUCAUCAUUAAUUCCAUUAUCUACACAGAUUCAAAUUGUGGUCAAUGACGUUUUUCGUUGGUAUGGUAAUCCAUGUACAUUCAGUUAUUCAGCUGUAUUUUGGAAUUUUUCCAGAUGGGAAAAAGAGAUAGAUUGGAUGGCUAUGAAUGGUAUCAAUAUAGCAUAUGCAACAACUGGAAUGGAAUAUAUUUUUAGUAAAGUCUUUCUACGAAUGGGUUUUACUCAAUCGGAAUUAGAUGAUUAUUUCACGGGACCAGCUUUUUUAGCUUGGCAUCGUAUGGGUAAUCUUCAAAAGCAUGCUGGUCCAUUGUCAAGAAAAUGGCAUGAAUCACAAUUUGAACUUGCUAAACAAAUAAUUCAAAGAAUGACUGAUAUUGGAAUCAUUCCAGUUCUACCUGCUUUCACUGGUUUCAUGCCUCGUACUGCACCUAAACAUUUUCCUACAGCGAAAUUUCAUUAUUCGGCGAAUUGGGUCGGCUUCGGUUGUAAUGAAUCUUGUCUGCCAUAUCUUGAUCCAACUGAUCCAUUUUUUCAAACAGUUGGUGUUGCCCUACUUAAUGAAACAAUUGUUUCUCUUAACAUAGAUUCACAUUAUUUUGCUUGUGAUCUAUUCAAUGAGAUGCCACCACCGAUUGGUGAUCUCAAUUAUUUGGCUGAUAUCAAUGCACGCAUUUUUCAAACUAUGAAAACGGUUGAUCCUGAUGCUGUUUGGGUGAUGUUAGCUUGGUUAUUUCUUGAAGGUUUUUGGACGCCUGACCGUGUCAAAAGUUAUCUGAGCAAAGUUCCUCAAGGAAAUCUCAUUUUAUUAGACCUCUACUCUGAAGCGAUGCCACAAUAUGCACGUUUUCAAUCAUUCUAUGGACAUUUUUAUAUAUGGAAUAUGUUACAUGAUUUUGGUGGUAAUAAUGAUUUGUUCGGUUCUCUUGUUGAUGUUACCAAUGGACCACAAGCUGCUCGUAACUAUUCAGGUCAAUAUAUGAUUGGUGUUGGUAUCACAAUGGAAGGUAUAAAUCAAAACGAAAUUAUGUAUGAAUUUGCACUGGAACAAUCAUGGCGCACUCCAUUGAAAGCGAGUGAAUUAAAUCAAUGGUUAGUCGAUUUUGUCUUACGUCGAUAUGCAAGUAAUGAUGCAAUGCCUACUUCUGCACUGUACGCUUGGCAAAUAUUAGGAAAUUCAGUUUAUCAGAAAACUCAGAGUGGUGGUUAUUCAUUAAUGUUACACAGACCAGGAGUUAGUGAAGAUCAAGCUAUCAAUUUCGAUCUCAAAUCUCUAUUUUUUGCUUGGGAACUGUUAGUUGAUGCGUCAGCUGAACUUGAUUCGGAUUUAUUUCGAUAUGAUUUAGUAGAUAUUACUAAAGAAGUUCUACAAUAUAAAUUUGCUAUUGAUUAUAGUCAAUUGAUAGCUGCUUUCAAUCAAAAAGAUCUCUACGGAGUUGGUAAUCAAGCAGCUAUUCUUGUUGAUAUUUUGGCUGAUAUGGAAAUGGUAUUAGCUUCAGAUCGUCGUUUUCUAUUAGGUAAUUGGAUCGGUGAUGCAUUAAAAUUUGCAAAGAGUGAAGAAGAAAUUCAUUUUUAUAAUUUUAAUGCUAAACUUCAAAUAUCCAUUUGGGGAAAUAAUUAUACAUUAGAAUUAUAUGAUUAUGCAAGUAAAUUUUGGUCUGGAAUGAUUCAAGACUAUUAUGCUCCUCGAUGGCAUGUCUUCUUUGACAUGUUACUUAAAAGUCUUGUAGAAGGUCAACCUGUUGAUAGUGGUGUUUUGGAGGAACGUUUAUUUCUCGAAGCUGAAUUACCAUUUAUUAUGUUAGAUACAAAGCAUUAUCCAACAACUACACAAGGUGAUUCAAUUAUGAUUGCUCGUGAAUUAUACAAUAAAUAUCGAUCGACAUUGAACAAUAUUGAUGUGCCAUUAAGCAUUCCAAAACAACAAUUUCCUUUUAAGCAUUAUUUCAAUUACAACAAAAAAAUACAAUAA